AUGAAGACGCUUCUUGCGUUUUGGCUUCUGACCGUCCUCGCGGCAGCAAUUGAGCCUCAUAUGGUGGAGCAAAGUGAUCCUUCCGCCAUAAUCCCCGACAACGAGAGCCUACCAUUGGAACCGGUGAUUGCGUGUUGGAACUCGCUUGACUGUUCAAUGGGGCAAAUCGAAGCGAUGAAAAUGAAAGAUCGCCUAGCGUUUCUGCAGUUCAUGGCGAGAUGGAAGCUUGGUCCGCUGGUGUCUGUCAACCAGUUCAGAGCAGUUGAGGGUACCAUGGACUUUUUCAUCAGAAAAAGUAUAGGGGGUCAGAAGACCUGGAUGUCUUAUGUCAAUGCCGCCGUCGUGGAAGCCAUCCAGCGUGGCGCGGCGAUUUCGUUGGAUGAGUCCCAAAAUACAGGCGGUAAUCCAGCCGCAUUGAAAUGGGCAGACUAUUUCGACCAGCGGAAAGCAGGAAAAUUAAUGGAUCGUGACACGCAUGAUCGUGCCUGGGCGCUUGCGGAGCAAACUGCGGUCGAAUACGGCAUCCGAGUUGCCGACUCCAAACCUGACAUCCAAGCACCAACUCUGAGGGAGCAACGAUGGCAGUACUCCACAAAGAUCUACCGAAUGUUGAUGCAAUACCGUCGAACGCUUCUUUGGCUUAUCAAAACUGCUUUCACUUUCACCAACCCCAGCUUGCCAAUGGCCUCGGAAGCUUUCAUGGACUGGUUCACAGACGUAACAGAUGCAAGUUCAACUGGAUUCUUGGCAGAUGUUGUCUGGCGACUGUGCGCGCUAGGUCUAUCUUGGGACGGCGAGGAGCCAAUUCAAGAAGGUCAAGCAAUAUUUGAGUUGGCCACGGAUUUUUGGGAAGAGUUCCAGAUGAGCAAGCAUCUGAAUUAUUAG